AGGACAACAAGAUGAGGCUUUACAUUGGUCGCGAGGCUUCAAAGCUAUGGAAGAGAAUUUGUGCAGAGACAAUCACAGAGAUCAACCUGCUUCUAGAGAAUUGGAAGUACCUUCUUGCUGGUCUCAUUUUUCAGUACAUUCAUGGUCUAGCUGCUCGAGGAGUUCAUUAUCUCCAUCGUCCAGGGCCAAUACUUCAGGACCUUGGUUUCUUCCUUUUGCCAGAGCUUGGGCAAGAUAAAGCCUACAUCAGUGAGACUGUAUUCACCUUUGUCUUCUUGUCUUUUGUCUUGUGGACUUUCCAUCCUUUCAUUGUCAAAAGCAAAAAGAUCUACACAGUAUUGGUGUGGUGCAGGGUUCUAGCAUUUUUAGUUGCUUCUCAGAUUCUCCGGAUUAUUACAUUCUAUUCUACUCAGCUUCCUGGUCCAAAUUAUCAUUGUCGAGAGGGGUCUAGACUUGCCAGGCUGCCACCACCAGAGAGUGCGAUAGAAGUCCUCUUAAUUAAUUUUCCUCAAGGCAUAGUUUAUGGUUGUGGUGAUUUGAUUUUCUCAUCACACAUGAUCUUCACACUGGUCUUUGUCCGUACUUAUCAGAAGUAUGGUACACGAAGGUUUGUAAAGCAGCUUGCUUGGUUGAUAGCCAUAAUUCAAAGCCUCUUGAUUGUAGCAUCCCGCAAACAUUACACAGUUGAUGUAGUUGUUGCAUGGUAUACUGUUAAUUUAGUGGUAUUCUUCAUAGACCAUAAGCUGCCAGAACUUCCUGACCGAUCUAAUGGAGGCUCAUCACUGUUGCUACCAUUGAGCACUAAAGACAAGGAUGGUAAGAGCAAAGAAGAGAAUCACAAGCUCUCGAACGGGAAUGCUGGAGAUGCUGCAGAUUGGAGGCAGAGGACACAAGUCAAUGGCAAGAUUCUAGAAGAAGGUAAUGCUGUCCAUGAUACAGCAAUGAAUGGUGCAUAGAUCGAUGAUGGAAGUCGCUACAUCUGCACAUCUGCUGCUGCAGCUGCUAUCAUGGGGGUCUGCUUUGAUUAAAGGCCUUAUAUAAAGCUUCCAAGACCAGUGAACUUGAUUUGUAUUCUAAAGAAAAUAGAAUUGGGGUUAUGCUUCGCAGUCCUCCAGUGUGCCUUAGAUUAAGAUCAUCAUCAGUCACCACACGUAUCAUGGAAUUUUUCAAGUUGCUAUUUCUUUCGUCAUUCACCAUGUUCCUGUUUAUAGUGCGUCCACUAAUUUUCUAUUUGAGUGUCAUUUGUACCGCGGUGCCUAUAAUUAUUUCUUAAAGCAGAAGGCAAUUGAGAACCAUAUAUCAGUGACAUGCCUUUUGUCUUUGAAUGGAUUUUCUUCUCUUAAUAGAAUUGAAAACUCGGUCAAAAUGCAGAAAAUCCCUGUUUUAAGAGUUCUGUGUAGUUGUGGUUCCUCAAUUGUUGUCCAACCAAGCCUUUUUAAUUUCUGUUACUACAUUCUGCUGAGUCUCUACAGAGAAUCCACAAUCCUCAGUCUUUCCUGUCAUCAAAAUCGCACCAAAUGUUCGUUUGAUCCGCCGUUUGUGCUUUCUCUCGCCGGAAAUCCGAACAAUGGGAGCUCGUUGUUCCAAGUUCUCCACCUGCUGGUUUCAGUCUCAUCUCAAGGCCUCCGUUCUUGAAUCC